AUGUUUACAUUUUUUCUACGAAAUUUUAUGAAAAAUAUUUUAAUUAGGAAAAAGAAUAAUAUUUCAACGAAUCUCUUCAAAGAAUAUCACUUUUCCAGAAAAACUUGCUAUGAAUCUAUUAAUAAUAUGAUUAUUGAAAAACAUCUUUAUUAUAAAAGAAGAAGAGAAAUGUUAAAGAAAUUAGCAGAAAGUGUAAAAAACGAUAAUGCUUUAAUAAUUGUUUAA